AUGACGGUGAAAGAUUCCUCUUAUGCCUCCUUUCUCAUCUCUGGCCGAGAAAAAGAAAAGAAAUUGUUGGAAGAACAGCUCAGGAUGGCUCAAACUCAGCCAUUUCCAUCCAGCCCUUCUCUCUUCCCUGAUUCAUUCACAACCCCAGUUUACCAUGAGUAUUCCGCUCCACAUAGUUUUCCCACUGCUAUGUUUAAGGAGUUACAGGACCAACAGAGACAUCUAGCUUCUCUCAAAGCCAGAUCCCCGAAACCGAAGCGAUCCCAUACAUCUUACCCUGUCUCUUCUCAACCUGUUUUCCAACCUACUCCUAUUUCCUUGCAAAAACCUAUGGUUCAACCUACUUUCCAGCCUUUAUCUGACCAACAUUCAGGACCCCCUAGUUUUGUUCCUUGGGUUCCUCCCAGAUCAAAACCUGAUAUCCCUGAUUCAGCUUGUCCUGUUAUUCCUCUCCUAGAGAGUAACACCCUCAGUACAUUUCUCACUCAGUUGACCUUGACUCCACCCAAGACCAUACCUAUAUUGUCCAUAGCCAAAGUUGCCUCUGCUACCUCCUUUUCGGACAUAGACUCGUCCACUACCCAGAGUCCUCUACCUGCUUACCAAACCCAUCCCCCGGCGCCAGAUGCCUCCCAGGCUCCAACUGAACCCAUCAUUUAUAGCAGCGACAGUGAAGUUGAUACUGCCCCCCAGCAGCACCAUCCCAGAGCCGCCCCUGCAGCUCCUCAUAUUCUCCCUCAGGCACCGAAUCCCAGUCCCUUUACCAAUCAGGACCCCAAGUAG